CCUGUGCCACAAUACUGCACACACGUGACCUCCCUGUUUUCACCCAGUUAAACGCAUGUACUUAAAAGACAGGCCACUACCAUUCACCAACACAAGCACGAUUAGCACAAUAUUAAUGACAGCAAGGUAAGAUCGCCGCUGCGGGGACUCGGAUCACUGGGAGCGGACCAUGGCGGCUGCCACGAGCAGCAACACAUCCACAGCCACGCUUGAGAUAAAGCACCACGGUGUCGAGCAUACGCGGAAACGCAUAGACCCGAGGAGGAGGCAAGCGGCGCUGUCUUUUCUCAGCAACAUUUCUUUGGAUGGACGGCCCGUGCAAGACGACGCAGUCACCCAAAACGAAGAGGAUAGCUCGCUUGAGCCCAGGACUAGACAGAGCCUGGUUUCCGCGGAGCGCUCGGCGUACGGGGCCGCUGGCGCUGGCGCCGGAGCUGCUGCUGCUGCUGCGGCUGCGGCUGCGGCGGCGGCGGCGGCGACCACGGCCGCCCAGGCGCUCGCUUUUGCAAACCAGGCUCUCCUCGCCGGCAGUCGGGCCAGUUAUGGGACGGGUCCCGCAACUGCCCCGGCGGGUACAGACACGGAGGGCGACGCUUUCGUGUCUUCGUCCGCGUUCAGCUCGCCUUUCUCCGCGGUCCCAGCCUCGACCAGAGGGAGGCUGCAGACGUACACUCAGGGAAUCCUUCCUGCCUCCUACUCCAGACAGGCUUCCCAAAACUACUGCCUGGAGGGCGGACAGAUAGCCAACUCUGCCAUUGAGCUACAGAGGUCAAGACGAAGACUCAUCUCUCAGCGCUCUUCGCUUGAAACGCUAGAGGACAUUGAGGAAAAUGCUCCUCUACGCAGAUGCCGAACCCUAUCGGGUUCACCCCGACCAAAGAGCUUCAAGAAAGUCCACUUCAUAAAGAACAUGAGGCAACAUGAUAUGCGCAAUGGAAGGAUAGUCCUUAUCAGUGGCAGAAGAUCCUUCUAUAGUGUAUUUUCUGUCCUGCCCUAUCGAGAUUGUAGCCAAGCAGGGGAUGUAAAGCUUGAAGGAGGGCGUCAGCGGCACUCGUCAGGAGGCGUCAGUGCCAAGGAGAUGGUGAUCGGGCUGGAGGGAGUGGAGCUAGGGGCAGAUGGAAAGACUGUAUCCUACACCCAAUUCCUGUAUCCCACUAAUGUGCUGGGUGGUCGAAGAAACACCAUCGACUCCACCUCAUCAUUCUCUCAAUCCCGUAACGCCAGCCACCGCAGCCUCAGUUUGGGCCGAGCCAACAGCAACCAGAGCAGCCUAGACACAGGGAAUGAUUUGGGGGACUUUCGCGAGUACGACCCUAAUCUGCUGGAUGACCCUCAGUGGCCUUGUGGAAAACACAAGAGAGUGCUCAUCUUUCCCUCAUACAUGACGACGGUAAUUGAAUACGUCAAACCCUCUGACCUCAAGAAGGACAUGAACGAAACCUUCAAGGAGAAAUUCCCCCACAUAAGGCUUACGCUCAGCAAGAUAAGGAGCUUGAAAAGGGAGAUAAGAAAGCUGGCCCAGGAUGAAUGCGGUUAUGAGGAACCCACAGUGGCCAUGGCUUUCGUCUACUUCGAAAAACUUGUUCUUCAAGGCAAACUAAACAAGCAGAAUCGUAAACUCUGUGCUGGAGCUUGUGUCCUACUGGCGGCCAAGAUUGGUGGUGAUCUCAAAAAACAUGAAGUCAAGCUCCUGAUAGACAAACUGGAGGAGAGGUUCAGAGUGAACCGCAGAGAGCUCAUAGCCUUCGAGUUCCCUGUCCUGGUGGCACUGGAGUUCAACCUGCACCUGCCCGAACACGAGAUCAUGCCCCACUACAGACGCCUGCUGCAGACCUCCUAGCAUUAGUGACCCAUCAGGGGGACGACCACCAGGUUCUCCUCCUGAUCUACUUCCCACGGUAUCCAUCCUCCCACCUCUCGCCUCGUCGCCGUCUGACAGUUUGAAGGUACCGCUGGUUGUCACUCAACUGCAGCCGUUCAUCACGACCGACAGGGCUCUCCUUCCUCUCAGAAACCUGGAAUCAGCCAAAGGGACACACGUUUUUAAACAAACUUUUCUCAAUUUUUUGACUUCUACAUUCAUCAUCACUACAUGGACUAGCGAAAGAAAGGGUUCAUCUGCAAACAAGUUGUUCUUUCUAGUUUGCAUGUUUUACAUCUCUUCAUCUUCACUUUGUAUAUUUUAAAGCUCUCUUGUUGCCUAAGAGAGAUUUUUUUUGUUUGAAUCUGAUGAAAUUUUUUCUCAGUUAAAGAAACCGAUGAUUGUAACAUUUUUAUCAUCUCUCUUCAUUAAUCUCCUGCCUGUAAACUUUGGUAUGAUUGGUUGCCUCCUGACCUGCAUAAAAUUUAAACAAAAGCCUUUUAAGUGGCUGGUUUUGGCUGGACUGUUCUCAGAGUGACUCAUUUUUUGCAAGUCAUCGUCUUAAAAGUGCACUUUUUGAAUAUUUCAAGACAUGGGUGGAACGUGGACAUUUUUUUCAGACUUUUAAUGAGCUUGGGAAUUAACCCUGAAAAAUCAGCUGUGUUCACAAGCACUGCGCACAAGUCAUUUGAAUGGAUAUUUGAUUUGUUUUUCUCUCUUGUGUUUUAUUCGCUGUUUUCUAGCCACAACUGUCCGCGUGAAAAGAAAGGAUUGUUUGUACACAGGUACUUGCAGACAAGAUGGGACUUCCUAUUUUCACUGAAGUAUUCCAUUCAUUUUUUUUUUUACCAGUCAAAUGCUUGCCAUGGACUUAUGGAGACCAGACCCACUUUUAUCAGUGUCGAAUUUCUUGUGCUCUAUGUUAGAGUGUAUUGCCAGCACAUUUACAGUGCUAUAAUGGGGUCAAGACUGAAGAGUUGUUCAUGAGUGGAAAAAAUGCCAUUAACCAGUGAUAAGGAUUAGCAGCAGGGCGGCACUAGGGUGCUCUAGUUUUGAGGGAGAAUGUCCUUUACCUGGCGGAUGAGGGCGAGGACCCUGUGCCAGUAAUUGUCCUCCUGCUGAAGCGUCCUUGAGCAAGACACUCAGUCCUUUCAGGCUUAAGGGACACUGCUCUUCAGCUGACCCUGACCUCUGAGGAGGAGAAAAACCUAAACGAGAUCGCAACAAGGAUCAAAGACGUCUCAAACAUUUGCAUAUAAAUUGAAUUAGCAUUUGUUGAAUUGCAAUCUAAGAUGUUUAAAAAAAAGAAACUGAAAAUUGAAGAAAAAAAAAAAAAAACUGUGCCAAUGUGACCAAUUAAAAAAGUAUUAAUUCCAUUUAUUUGGCAUGUAUCUCAACUGGAUUUUCUUUUUUUUUUUAUUACCUUGAAAUUGACUCAAACAAUACCACUGAGUGUUGGGAGGCCACCAAACCAGGAAAAUACAGAAGGCCUACUUGAAAAUAGUAUUUAAUGCUGCUCCAGUAUUGAUGGUAUUUGAGUUGAAAUGAUCACAAAACUAAACCAAAUUUUAAUGAGGAAAGCAUGGAUUUUGUUGAUUUAAUGUACAGAAAAAAUACUAAGCUUCUUUCUGUUUGCAAGCCCAAAGAUUUUGCUGUAAGAUGCACACUAAAUACUCUGUGAGGAAAGACUCAUGGGCGACACUUACUACCAGUGUAUGUUUGUAAAUAAAUUGCUUUGCUUGUUCAAUCAAAACAAGACUCUGACUUG